CUCGCAGCCUCCUGCGGCCUCCUCGCGCCCUGCAGCCUCGCAACCUGCUCGCAACCUUCCUCCAGCCUCCCGAGACCUCUGUGCGCGCUUCUUGCAACCUCCCUAAAACCUCCUCGCAACCCCCUUGCAACCCCCUCGCAACCCCCUCGCAACCCCCUCGCAACCCCCUCGCAACCCCCUUGCAACCUCCUUGCAACCCCCUUGCAACCUCCUUGCAACUCCCUUGCAACCUCCUUGCAAGCUUCUUGCAACCUCCUUGCAACUCCACUGCAACCUCAUUGCAACCUCACGACCUCCUUGCGACCCCCUUGCAGCCUCGCCACCUCCUCGUGACCCCCCCUAGAGCCUCUCGCCCCCUUCUGGCCCCGCUUGCCGGCCCCCCGCCCGCGCCCCCUGCCGCCACCAUGUCCGUGCCGGUGCCCAGGACGACCACCCGGAGCAGCUCCGUCCGCUCCUUCAGCUCCCGCUCCUACACCGCCGGCCCCGCCGCCAGGAUGAGCGCGGCCUCGGCCUUCGGGGGCUUUGGGGGGGGCCGGUACAGCGCCGGGGGGCUCUACCGGGGCCCGUCCGCCUCCUGUGGGUCCGGGGGGGGCAUCACGGCCGUGAGCGUCAACCAGAGCCUGCUGACGCCCCUCAACCUGGAGAUCGACCCCAGCAUCCAGCGGGUGCGCAAGGAGGAGAAGGAGCAGAUCAAGACCCUCAACAACAAGUUCGCCUCCUUCAUCGACAAGGUGCGGUUCCUGGAGCAGCAGAACAAGAUGCUGGAGACCAAGUGGGGGCUGCUGCAGAACCAGAAGCCCCCCCGCAGCAACUUGAACGCGCUCUUCGAGGCGUACGUGGGCACCCUGCGGCGCCAGCUCGACAGCCUGGGCCAGGAGCGGCUGCGGCUGGAGGCCGAGCUGGGCAGCAUGCAGGGGCUGGUCGAGGAGUUCAAGAACAAGUACGAAGAGGAGAUCAACCACCGCACCGAGAAGGAAAACGAGUUCGUGCUGCUGAAAAAGGACGUGGAUGAAGCCUACAUGAACAAGGUGGAGCUGGAGUCGCGCCUGGAGAGCCUGACGGACGAGAUCAACUUCCUCCGGCAGCUCUACGAUGAGGAGCUGCGGGAGCUGCAGUCACAGGUGUCGGACACGUCCGUGGUGCUCUCCAUGGACAACAGCCGCAGCCUGGACCUGGACGGCAUCAUCGCCGAGGUGAAGGCGCAGUACGAGGAGAUCGCCAACCGCAGCCGCGCCGAGGCCGAGAGCAUGUACCAGAUCAAGUACGAGGAGCUGAAGACGACGGCGGGCAAGCACGGGGCCGACCUGCGCAGCACCCGCGGGGAGAUCAGCGAGCUGAGCCGGCUCGUCCAGCGCACCCAGGCCGAGAUUGAGGCGCUCAAGAACCAGCGGGCCAGCCUGGAGGCGGCCAUCGCAGAGGCGGAGGAGCGCGGGGAGCUGGCGCUGAAGGACGCGCGGGGCAAGCUGGCGGAGCUGGAGGCGGCGCUGCAGAAGGCGAAGCAGGAUCUGGCCCGGACGCUGCGCGAGUACCAGGAGCUGAUGAACGUCAAGCUGGCCCUGGACAUCGAGAUCGCGACCUACAGGAAGCUGCUGGAGGGCGAGGAGAGCAGGCUGGAGGCGGGCGUGCAGAACCUGAGCAUCCACACCAGGACGGCGAGCUACGCGGCCGGCUACGGCGGGGGCUUCGGGGGGGGCCUCGGGGGGGGCUUCGGGAGCUCCUUCUCCAGCGGCUACGCCGUGCCCCCCCCGGCCCUGGAGGGCUCCCCCGUGGCCAAGUCGCGUGCCAUCGUCAUCAAGAAGAUCGAGACCCGCGACGGCAAGCUGGUGUCCGAGUCCUCCGACGUGCUGGCCAACUGAGCCCCCCCGGGCACACCCGGAGCCGUUUGCGGCUGGAUCUGGACCCCCAGGAGGGAUGGGACCCCCCCCCGAUAGGACCCCCCCCCCCCACCGGCACCCUCCUCUUGUCCUGUCCUGAGCCAGGGCCCCGCCGUCCGUCCGUCCGUCCUGUGUCCCGCCGUCCGUCCCGUGCCCCCCCUCUGUGUCUGAGCCGCGGGGGGAGGGUGGUGGGGUCCCCCCCCCACUGUAACCCCCCGUCCUCUCACCCCCCAGUACCGGGCUGGGGGGGUCGGGGCUCCUGCAAUAAUAAACCCUUUGGAACCCA